AUGAGCGUCGUGUGUUUCUUCUCGUCUUCAAGUUCGAUCGUCAAUAGUCACAUCGACAACAGUUGGCUCAACGAGUUAAAAGGGAAUAUCGACGAGACAAACAGCACAGUAGAAAUCGUUGAUAAGUUUAAUAACUAUCAAAUAUACCCUCGUAUUAUCAGUAUUGUUUCAAAAGAUUAUUUUAAAUUUUUUAAGGUAAAUCUACGUAGAACUUGUCCAUUUUGGUCGGACGACAGCAAAUGUGCUAUGAGAUAUUGCCAAGUGGAAUCCUGCCAGUUGGACGAUUUACCCAUAGGUUUGAAAGGGAGUCGUCAUAGUUUAGUAGAUGAAGAUAUGUCGAUUAAGUAUAUGGAAGGACCACAACAACAAGAGUGUGAAGAAGCAAUGCAAGACGAAUUGGGUUACAUUAACACAACUAUAAGUGCUGCAGCUAUGGAGGAUUUUGCUCUCUGGCAGGCCCAUGACGAUAUACAAGACAUGUACUGUACGCUACCGGAUGAUGAUGGGGAAGCCGAGUAUGUUGACCUAUCUCUAAAUCCUGAACGAUACACUGGAUACAAAGGACCUUCGGCUAAUCGCGUUUGGAAUACAAUUUACAUGGAAAACUGUUUCAGGCCAAAAAAUUUAUUUGAAGGCUACAUUAUAUCAGCAAAGUUGACUGGAAUGUGUUUGGAGAAACGAACAUUUUAUCGAGCUAUUUCGGGUCUUCAUACAAGUAUUAAUAUCCAUCUUAGUGCUCAAUAUCUAUUAUCAGAUAAAGGAUCGACAUUUUUGAACCCAUGUGGCACCGGUUUUUGGGGCCCAAAUGCUGAAGAAUUUGAACGUAAGUUUGGUCCUAAGUACACAAGAGGUGAGGGCACACAGUGGCUCAGAAAUUUAUAUUUUUUGUAUCUCGUUGAACUGAGAGCAUUACAAAAAGCUGCACCUUUACUCAAACAAGUUGAGUAUUAUACAGGAAAUGAUAAAGAGGAUGAAGCCACUCGAUUGGCUGUCCACAAUUUCUUAGGAAUUAUCAAAAAAUUCCCACAGCAAUUUAAUGAGCAUACCAUGUUUUUGGGUGGACAACAGGCACAAAAGUUAAAAGAAGAGUUUCGUCUUCAUUUCCGUAAUGUAUCAACCAUUAUGGAUUGUGUGGGAUGUGAUAAAUGCAGACUGUGGGGAAAACUUCAAGUACAAGGAUUGGGAACAGCUCUGAAAAUAUUAUUUUCAAACAAAGCUCGGACGAAUGGAUAUAAUGAAUUGUCGACCACUGUCAACAAGCACACAUUGCAAUUGGAACGUAGUGAAAUUGUUGCUCUCUUUAAUGCGUUUGGAAGAUUAUCUACAAGUAUAUAUGAAAUAGAAAAAUUUCGGAAGCUUUUGAGGUGA